UCCAACCCUUGUCUACCUCUGCUGACCUCUGCAUCUAUAGGUCGAUAAGUAAUAGCACAAAGUCUCACAAUUGUAAAAGAUUGCAGAAAAAUAUAGAGGGGGGAUUGCAGAAGAAGCCACAUUUUGCCUUUUCCUACAUUUGUUUCCUGCAAAGCUUCUUCUCCCUUGUUUUUCCGUCCUGACCUGCUUCUUGGAUUUGGAUUUCUUACUGCAUAGGAGUAACAAGUAAAGAACUGAGAGGAUUGAAGAGAGCCAGGGAAAGAUCUGUUAUUAGAAAUUUUGUUCUGGCUUGAUGUUACUAGAAAGGGAAGUGAGGUGGCUGGAUUGCUUCUCCUGCAUGUUCACAAGGAUAGUCCAAGCGGAGAGAAUCUGAGCCCAAAUUCUUGUCUUCUCCGCUGUCAAUUUGAUAACGGUGCGGCGAGUUGGAUGCAUUGACGCAAAAGUGGCACCUUGCGCGCGCUGGGCACGGUGACGCGCGCGUGAGGGGGCGAGCGAGGUGACUGCUAAUGGAUGUGGAGAGCGGCCGCGGCGCCGUGAGUGCGCGCAGGAAGUCAUGGCGGUCGGAACUUUUGCUCGCCUACCAGAGCCUCGGGGUGGUGUACGGCGAGGUGGCGACGUCGCCGCUGUACGUGUACAAGAGCGCCUUCGCCGGCGGCGACAUCGAGCACUCAGAGGGCAACGAGGAGAUCUACGGCGUGCUCUCCCUCGUGUUCUGGACGCUCACCCUCAUCACGCUCCUCAAGUACGUCGUCGUCGUGCUGCGCGCCGACGACGACGGCGAGGGCGGCACCUUCGCGCUCUACUCGCUCAUAUGCCGCCGCGUCCGCGCGGGGCUCCUCCCCAGCGGCGGCGGCGGCGGCGACGAGCUCAUGGAGCGGCGCGACAGCGCGGCGCUGGGCCCCGCGUCGGGCGUGCGCGCGGCGCUGGAGCAGCGCAGGUACCUGCAGUGGCUGCUGCUGCUGUUCACCCUGCUCGGGACGUCCAUGGUCAUUGGCGACGGCGUGCUCACCCCUGCUGUCUCCGUAUUCUCAGCAGUUUCCGGGCUAAAGUUGUCGAUGGUCAAUGAACAGCACCAAUAUGUUCUGCUUCCAGUAACAUGUGUGAUACUGGUAGGCUUGUUUGCCUUGCAGCACUUCGGCACACACAGGGUCGGGUUUCUCUUUGCGCCCAUUGUUUGCUUGUGGCUUCUCAGCAUCAGCAUCAUAGGGGUCUACAACAUCAUCCAUUGGAAUCCCCAUGUGUAUAAAGCCCUUUCACCAUACUACAUGUACAGAUUUCUCCAGAAGACUCAAACUGGUGGCUGGAUGUCACUGGGUGGGAUCCUUCUCUGUGUAACUGGUUCUGAAGCUAUGUAUGCGGAUCUUGGACAUUUCUCACAGUCUUCAAUCAAGAUAGCUUUCACAUUGGUGGUUUAUCCAGCUCUCAUACUGGCCUAUAUGGGACAAGCAGCUUACAUUUCCAGGCAUCACAGUUUUGAGAAUGACUAUCGCAUUGGAUUCUACGUGUCAGUGCCAGAAAAAAUCAGAUGGCCUGUUCUGGGGAUUGCAAUACUUGCAGCUGUAGUUGGGAGCCAAGCGGUUAUUACUGGAACAUUCUCAGUUAUCAAGCAGUGCUGUUCCUUAAAUUGCUUCCCCAGGGUGAAGAUCGUGCAUACAUCCUCUACAGUGCAUGGCCAAAUAUACAUACCAGAGAUCAAUUGGAUCUUAAUGAUACUAUGCCUUGCUGUUACUAUAGGCUUCAGAGACACAAAGCACAUCGCGAAUGCACAAGGGUUGGCUGUUAUAACAGUUAUGCUCGUCACAACUUGCUUGAUGUCAAUAGUUAUUGUCCUAUGCUGGAACAAGAAUAUCGUAUUUGCUAUUUGCUUCCUUCUUUUCUUUGGUGCAAUUGAAGCGAUCUACUUCUCGGCAUCCCUUGUGAAGUUUCAUGAAGGGGCUUGGGUAUCUAUCACCCUGUCCUUCAUUUUCUUGAUGGUGAUGUGCGUGUGGCACUAUGGCAGUACAAAGAAGUAUGAGUUUGAUGUGGAAAACAAAGUCUCAAUAAGUUGGCUCUUGAAUCUAGGCCCUUCAUUGGGUAUUGUUCGUGUCCGAGGCAUUAGUCUGAUACAUACAGAGCUUGUGUCUGGGAUUCCUGCCAUUUUCUCCCACUUUGUCACCAAUCUGCCUGCAUUUCAUCAGGUUGUGGUCUUCCUAUGCAUUAAAUCAGUUUCUGUACCGCAUGUCCAACCUGAGGAGAGAUUUUUGGUCGGCCGCAUUGGCCUGAAACAAUACAGGCUAUACAGGGUAGUGGUCCGGUAUGGGUACCAGGAUGUACAGAAGGAUGCCAUGGAGUUUGAGAAGGACCUAGUCAGCAGCAUUGCAGAGUUCAUCCGCUCUGGGGACUCGGACCAAAAUGGCUCUCUGGAUGGUGCAGGCAGUCCCUAUGAGCGUCUGUCUUACAUCAGUAAAGGCCUUCCAUUUCAGGAGGAGGAAGGUGAGCUUGACGGAUCACCCGAAUCAUCCUCUCGUGAGCUGAUAAACCUGAACACUCUAUCGAGCAAGUCGAAGAGGGUAAGGUUUGUGCUUCCAGAGAAUGCGCAGAUCGACAGCGAGGUCCGUGGUGAGCUGCAGGAGCUGACUGCGGCGAGAGAGGCAGGCAUGUCCUUCAUAAUGGGGCGCUCAUAUAUGAAGGCGAAAAGCGGGUCUGGUCUGAUAAAGCGGAUUGCCAUAAACAUUAUCUACGAGUUCCUGACAAGGAAUAGUCGAGGCCCUGCCUACGCAGCUAACAUACCACAUGUUUCCACCCUUGAGGUAGGAAUGGUUUGCCAAGUCUGAUAGAUAUUGAUAUCACCAUACCCAGCUGCAUAGAGGUAGAAUUAGAAAUAAUUCAUGUUCUUAUACUUGUAUAUAUAAAUAAACUAUAGAGAUAGAUGAUGAUGAAGCAGGACACAUAGGCCAGCAGAUGCAGAUCUUGGGUAGUUUGAUAGAUGAAGUGUACGUAGUUUUCUCUGUAGUCUCGUUGAGCUCUCUGCUUUUGCUUUUUUCAUCUUCUGUUGUCAACUUGUCAUUGUUGUUGUUGAGCAAUGAUGGUACCCGCAGGAAGGACAAGCAACACGGCAUUUUUGUGCGCAUGAGUUGGUGUGUGGCCAAUUGUAUUUACGUUUAUCAGAAUCUGAAUAAGUUGAUGCUGAAA